AUGGCAUUCCGGAGGACUGAGGGCAUGUCCGUGAUCCAGGCCCUGGCCAUGACGGUGGCCGAGAUCCCCGUGUUCCUCUACACGACGUUUGGGCAGUCUGCAUUCUCGCAGCUGCGCUUGACACCAGGCCUGCGGAAGGUCCUCUUUGCUACGGCCCUGGGGACUGUGGCCUUGGCCCUGGCCGCCCACCAGCUGAAGAGGCGACGGCGGAGGAAGAAGCAGGUCGGCCCCGAGAUGGGAGGCGAGCAUCUGGGCACAGUGCCCCUCCCCAUCCUCAUGGCCAGGAAGGUCCCGUCGGUGAAGAAAGGCUACUCCAGCCGGAGGGUGCAGAGCCCCAGCACCAAGAGCAACGACACUCUGAGCGGCAUCUCCUCCAUCGGGCCCAGCAAGCACUCAGGGUCCUCCCACAGCCUGGCCUCGACAGUGGCGGUGAACUCAUCCAGCCCCAUGGCUGCGAGUUCGGGACCAUGGGAUGCCAGAGGGAUGGAGGAGUCCGUGACCACCAGUGACGGCAAUGCCGAGAGCCUCUACAUGCAAGGCAUGGAGCUGUUCGAGGAGGCCCUGCAGAAGUGGGAGCAGGCUCUGAGUGUGGGGCAGAGAGGGGACAGUGGCAGCACCCCCACACCUGGGGACAACCUCCGGAACCCCGAGACUGCUUCAGAGGUGAUGUCCGAGCCAGAGUCACAGCGAAGGGAGUUUGCGGAGAAGCUGGAGUCCCUGCUGCGCCGGGCCUACCACCUGCAGGAGGAGUUUGGGUCCACCUUCCCGUCUGACAGCAUGCUGCUGGACCUCGAGCGGACGCUCAUGCUGCCCCUGACCGAGGGCUCGCUGCGUCUACGCGUGGACGAUGAGGACAGCCUGACCUCGGAGGAUUCCUUCUUCUCCGCCACUGAGCUCUUCGAGUCCCUACAGGUCGGAGAUUACCCGAUCCCACUCUCCAGGCCGGCCGCCGCCUAUGAGGAGGCCCUGCAGCUGGUGAAGGAGGGCAAGGUACUCUGCCGGACCCUCAGGACAGAGCUGCUGGGCUGCUACAGUGACCAGGACUUUCUGGCCAAGCUCCACUGUGUGCGGCAGGCCUUUGAGGGCCUUCUGGAAGACGAGAGGAACCAGCGUUUCUUUGGGGAGGUCGGCCGGCAGAUGGUGACGGGCCUGAUGACCAAGGCUGAGAAGAGCCCCAAAGGCUUCCUGGAGAGCUACGAGGAGAUGCUGAGCUACGCCCUGCGCCCGGAGACCUGGGCCACCACGCGGCUGGAGCUGGAGGGCCGUGGGGUGGUGUGUAUGAGCUUCUUCGACAUCGUGCUGGACUUCAUCCUCAUGGACGCCUUCGAGGACCUGGAGAACCCCCCGUCCUCGGUGCUCGCCGUCCUCAGGAACCGCUGGCUGUCGGACAGCUUCAAGGAGACGGCCCUGGCCACUGCUUGCUGGUCAGUCCUGAAAGCCAAGAGGAGGCUGCUGAUGGUGCCCAACGGCUUCAUCUCCCAUUUCUACUCCGUAUCGGAGUGCGUUAGCCCCGUCCUCGCCUUCGGCUUCCUGGGACCCAAGCCCCAGCUCUCUGAAGUCUGUGCUUUCUUCAAGCACCAGAUCGUGCAGUACCUGAGGGACAUGUUCGACCUGGACAACGUGCGCUACACAUCGGUGCCGGCGCUGGCGGACGACAUCCUGCAGCUGUCGCGGCGCCGCAGCGAGAUCCUGCUGGGCUACCUCGGGGCACCAGCGGCCAGCAGCGUGGGCCUGAACGGCGUGCUUCCCCGCAAGAACGGGCCCCAGGACGAGCUGCAGUAGUGGCGGCGCAGGCUCGGGGAGCAGGGCUGCUGGGGCCUCGUCCAUGUGGCUGAGAGAAGGCUGCCUCUUCUCCUCCUUUGGGUCAGCAUUGAAGGGCCCGGGUGGCCAUGGCCGUCAGCAGUGGCAGAGCCCAGGCUGUGGUGGCCAAGGGCAGUUGCCCCUCACCUUGUCACCCCCCCCCCGUCAUCUGGGAGCCCCCAAGGCCUGGAGGGCAAACUUCCUUGGAGAAGGAUGGAGCCCCUUGGGGCCUGCCUGACUGUCCUCAGGUGUCCCUGGGGGAGGCAGAGGCUGGACCUGGCCUGUGGGGCCUGUGGGAGAGGAAGGUAGCGAGAGAGAGGAGAGGUGUCGUGACAAUUGGGACCAGCAGAGCUGGGAUGCCCUGGGCGUGGGACCCUAAAACCUCCCACCACCCCAGGGCUGCUGACAAGCGGGGCUGGGAAGGUGGAGGUGAAAGAUGGGGGUGGCAGCGCUCUGUGGUGUGAAGGUUAUGGAUGUUCUGAGCUAGAAGGAACCUGGGCUGGACAGUCAGAAUUUAAGCCUCUGGCUGGCCAGUCCUGACGGCCCCCCAAACCCUGCCACCACCUUAGAGAGUUUGCAACUCCAGAGAGUGAUGCUGGGGGGCACCGUGGUGGAUGGCAGGCCUGGACUUUCCAGAGGUGGACCUGCUUUCCUUGUGCUCACGUCUGGGCAGGGACUGGACCCUUGACAAACCCAAGCGCCAAACCAGGAGGCUGUCCCCUGACAUUCCCUUGCCCUGCCAAAGAUUCUCAUUUAUCUUCCCACCUCUGCCACCACCAAAGAUGGAGGAGGCAGGGCUGGUCCUCCCGUCCCCACCCACCUCCUCUCUGAACCUGGAACUCCCCGGGUGGGGCUAGGCGCUGAGCUGGGGGCUCUGACCAGGGGUCAUCCCAGGCUCGUCACCUGUGCUGCCAUCAGUGGUGACCCCAGGAGUGAGGAGGCCCGGGUACCAUGUGAGGGGAGAUCAGGGAUGUAAGUGGCUGGCCCAGCUCCCCAGCCCUCAUUGGGACAAGAAACUUUCCUGGCACUUUGCCUUCAACUCGACGCACAAAUGCUCUCGGGCACAUGCUCUGAGCCGUGCAGCGGUGUGGAGCCUGCCUCGCUGCUGCAGACAGGCUCGUGGGCAUUGUCCCUGUGCCAAGGGUUUGUCAGCCCUGCAGACGCACUUCUCUCAGUGUUUUCACCUGCGGUGAGAUGUUUUAUUUAUUGCCUUAACACUUUAUUUUGAGGUUCUGCCCCUUCCUAGGUUGAGAGGGCUAUGAGAGAGAGAGACUCCUGGCUCCUCAAACUCUGGAGUUGGAGGACUGGCCAUCAGUCUGCCCUGAAUGGCAAAGGAGCCCCAGGGGCCGGCGAGCUUGCCCACAUGGGCAGUGGGAGAGGGGAUGUGGGAGGGGUGAUGCUGGGCGGGGCCCACCAUCUCUCAGCCCACUCCCCUCCCCAGACUGGAGGACCGCUGUGCACUAAUGCUGGUUCUGUCUCCCACCCACCUCUUCGAGGUUGAUGGGUGCCGAGGAGGGAGCAGCCUCCCGGCAGGAGGGACCCAGGGUGGCCUUCCUUCAUCCCGACAUUCCGCUCAUUUGCACUUACCCUGCGCUGUGAAUGUAAUCUUGGGCCUGCACUCCGGCCCGCUCUGAUUUGCUCCCGAAUCACACAGAAGUGGCAUUUUCAUUUCAUCUUUGUUUACACGCCCACGCACUGCCUCUGGCACGCGAUCUGUUGCUGCUUCCAACUUUUGUAUAGUAGAGCCCGUGUGCGUCGACUUUGAGUCAAAUAAAUGAUUUAAAAGA